GUGAGCUGACUCUAAAACCAAGCUGUCUGUCAGUCCAUCCAUCAAGCGGAUCUAUCAGAGGAACCACCUGUGCAUGAGAAGGAACACAAUCAGUUUUCGAAAGAAGUGUUGGGGUGUAUCCGUCACACUUCCUGCUCCACCCACCCACCUCAACUCAGACUCCACCCAGUGACCCUUGACCCCUUACAUCCAAGAUGAAACUAAAAGAGGACAUGAACCCACUGCUGCUGCAGGUCUUCCGCUCAGUUGUCUGGGUCUACUCUGUCAUCACCUUCCUGCCCUGGUACCUGCUCUCGGGCGCUGGAGCCAACCUAGACCGGGCGCGGCGGGUCAAGGCACGGUCAGUGAGCGGUCGCCCGGCGGGCCCUUACCGGGCGACCAACCAUGAGGAUGGUAGCCAGCAGAAGCUGGUGUCUUCCUUGCACCCAGGAGUGGACACCCUGGACAAGGUGAUGGAGCAUGGAGCGGCCAGGUUCCCAGAGAGGAACUGCCUGGGCACGAGAGAGGUGCUGAGCGAGGAGGACGAGCUCCAACCCAACGGGAAGGUCUUCAAGAAGGUGAUCCUGGGGGAGUAUCAGUGGAUGUCGUAUGAGGAGACCUACCAGGCAGCAGUGUGUUUUGGCAGUGGGCUGGCCGCGCUGGGCCAGAGGCCUCAGUGUAACAUCGSCAUCUUCUGUGAGACCAGGGCCGAGUGGAUGAUAGCAGCACAGGCCUGCUUCAUAUACAACUUCCCAUUGGUGACGUUGUACUCCACUCUGGGCGGAGCGGCCAUUGCCCACGGUCUGAACGAGACUGAGAUCACCCACAUCAUCACCAGCAAAGACCUGCUACACAGCCGUCUCAAGGACAUUCUGUUGGAGGUGCCUCGGCUGCAGCACAUCAUCGUGGUGGACAGUAAGCCAACCAGUUGGCCCGGCUUCCCCCGUGGCAUCAUGGUCCACAACAUGGACGCCGUGCAAGAGCUGGGCUCCAGACCCGACAACAUGGCGGUGGCGCGCCGGCGGCCCCUGCCCUCUGACAUCGCUGUCAUCAUGUACACCAGCGGCUCCACGGGCAUCCCCAAGGGCGUCAUGAUCUCCCAUAGCAACAUCAUCGCGGGCGUCACAGGCAUGGCAGAGCGCAUCCCAGACCUGGAUGAGACAGACACCUAUAUUGGGUACCUGCCGCUGGCCCAUGUUCUAGAGCUGAGUGCAGAGAUGGUGUGUAUCUCUCACGGCUGCCGCAUCGGAUACUCCUCCCCACAGACGCUAGCAGACCAGUCGACUAAGAUUAAGAAGGGCAGUAAAGGAGACACCAGUGUUCUAAAACCUACACUCAUGGCUGCUGUACCGGAGAUCAUGGAUCGGAUCUAUAAGAAUGUGAUGACCAAGGUGGAGGAGAUGAGCAGUGUGCAGAGAACCCUGUUUGUGUUGGCCUACAACUAUAAGAUGGAACAGAUCACCAAGGGCUACAAGACCCCGCUCUGUGACAGUCUGGUGUUUAGGAAAGUGCGCUCGUUGUUGGGGGGUCACAUGAGGGUGCUGUUGUCAGGCGGAGCGCCCCUCUCCGCCGCCACCCAGCGCUUCAUGAACAUCUGCCUCUGCUGUCCCGUGGGCCAGGGCUACGGCCUCACCGAGACCUGCGGAGCUGGCACCAUCAGCGAGAUGUGGGACUAUCGCACAGGUCGGGUCGGCGCUCCUCUGAUCUGCUCCGAGAUCACCCUCAAGGACUGGGAGGAGGGUGGUUACUACAGCACAGACAAGCCACACCCGAGGGGGGAGAUUGUAAUCGGCGGGCCCAACGUGACUAUGGGUUACUACAAGAACGAGGUGAAGAACCGCGAGGACUUCUUCGUGGACAGCAACGGCCAGCGCUGGUUCUGUACAGGAGACAUCGGGGAGUUUCACCCAGACGGGUGCCUCAAGAUUAUCGACCGUAAGAAGGAUCUGGUGAAGCUCCAGGCUGGGGAGUAUGUGUCUCUGGGGAAGGUGGAGGCCAUGCUGAAGAACUGCCCUUUCGUAGACAACAUCUGCGCCUACGCCAACAGUGACCAGUCGUACGUGAUUGGCUUUGUGGUGCCCAAUCAGAAGCAUUUGAUGGCGCUGGCGGAGCAGAGAGGGUUACGGGGCAGCUGGGAGGAGAUCUGUAACAACCCUGACAUGGAGAAAGACGUUCUCCACGUCAUCACAGAGGCCGCUCUGUCAGCCAAACUGGAGCGCUUUGAGAUCCCUAGGAAGAUCCGUCUGAGUGCAGAGCCCUGGACACCGGAGACUGGCCUGGUGACCGACGCAUUCAAACUCAAACGCAAGGAGCUCAAAUCACACUAUCAGGAAGACAUCGAGAGAAUGUACGGUGGCAAGUAACACACACACAGACAUAUGCAAGGAAUCUAACAAACGCUAUCUAGAUGACAAGAAAACUGGAGAGAAUGUACGGCGGCAAGUUACACACAAACAGACACAGCCCCCCCCCCCCCCCCUUCCCAAGACAAAAGACAGAGGGGCCAAGCCAGUUGGAGCAACACCAGUUGCUUGUCUUCGCCAAAAGUUUUUAGGGGUCUGUGUGUUGCUAUGACGACGCUGUCAUCAUGGCGUGACUCGGCUGAGACACGGAAAAUGACACGUUAGUCUUGUCCCACUCCUCCGCUCCUCUCCUUUUUUUUCUCCUUCCCUUCUCUCUCCUAUCCUCCGUCUAGCAUGGUCCUCGGCCUCUGUGUGUAGUCCAGACACCUGAUAGUAGAAAGGAUGGUUUUUGUGUGAAUGUGGCCUGGAUCGUGUUCAUUAGGCAUCAAACGGAAGAAAACUGACUGAAACAGGGAGGGACUACCUGAACUUGUCCAACAAGAAAUGUUUUGCUAUGUUGUGCACUAAUGAAUACGACUCUGAAAAAUGAGGCCCUUCGGUUUAAACGUUCCACAUCCAGGUUUGAAUCUAUGCAGGGAUCUCUUUUAUUGUAUAAAUGUUUUGGGAUGUGGUGAUGUUUUGUUCAUGUUUCGUUAUUUUUCUUUUUUUAACGUAAUCGGUUUGUCUUGGUUCGUUUCCGAAACCUAUUCGAUGAACAUCUUGUGUCUGAGAGAAAUCAGUGUUUUGCGAAACCAUGAGAUUUUUGGAACGGAACUCGCAUUUUUUAUUUGCUCUCCUUAUUUCUUAUAUUUUUUCUGAAUGGUUUGUUUCUCAUUUAUCUGUUACCAAACUGACAUUAAAACAACAUGUUUUCCUCUUC